AUGUACAAAGGUGGCAAUAGGCGGGCUUCAUUUGAGACUCAGAAGGUUUCAGAUGAUGAAUUCACUGCGUAUUUGAGGAAUUAUGAAAUCAUGCUAGCGAAUGCCAAAUGUACGAGAACUGCCCCUAACAUUGGAGCGUUGAGUCUCAAUCGCACCUGUCUUGCAGAACUCAGCGCCAUAUCCACCCAGAAUCACCGUUCUAGGAACACACGCAAGAGGAGUUUCGGCAACGAUGAGGCUCAAUGCCAUGGAACUGAAGACCCACUGCAAUGGCUGCUCGGCAUACCGUUGGACGGUGCUCACUCUGACUCCCCGCCAGGCAGCGAUUAUCAAAGAUGGCAAGAUCGCGACAAUGCGCGUACUCCUUGUUACAGCGGGUCUCACAUGGUCAUGGAACGGCGUGGUGGUUUAACUUGGAUCAAAAGCCCGAAUGGCGUGCUGGUACCGCAUAUAGAGAACACUUGGUUGAAGCAGAUGAUCACAAUGCUACUCCCCGAUGAGCAAGCUUUGUCAAAAUUCCUGAAGAACUUGCAAACGUGUCUUGAGGAGGCUGUCCUCUUCCUUUACAACGAAGGUAUAAAACCUUAUCUCGGAGACGUGGCAAACCAGAUGAAGCGGUCGAUUGCAGACAACUUUUGGAGUGCUUCCGAGGUAGCUUUUGUUUCUCUACACUGCAAAGAAACCAUUGAAAUGAAGAUAGAGCAGCGAGUGAAAGGCGAAAUGGGAUGGGUAGUAUAUCUGCGUCAGGUUCCACCCAGCUUUUUGGGAUUUGUGGAUACGCACAGCACGGUAGACCCUUAUUCCAAUUAUCACUGGCGCGCCUUGAAUAAGUUCGCAGUUGAUAUGAUGACUGCAAAUAAAUCCACUACAAACACAGAUGAUCAAGGUUCCGAUAACACGCUUGCAUUCACGGGAGGAAGAUAUGCCUUUGCAGAGCGUCUGAGGGAAAAGGUCCACGCAUUCCAAUCAAUGCGUCUGGGGGAGGUGGUUCACCUGGUGCAAUUGGCAAUUUAUAGUGGCGUUUUUGUUUACGCACAGCGCAUACUUCUCCCUGUUACAGCAUGUGAAAAGACUGCUGAGGAGAUGUUUCCCCGUGUGAAGAAGGUGCGCCAUCCAAUAUGUUCCUCUCUGGAAGAGGUUCGGCACAUUGUUUCUCUGCUGGUCGACAACCGCAAAAAUGGCCUUGUCUUGGCCCAGCUUAAGCAACAAUUUAUGAUGCAGUUUAAUAAGGAGUUGAACCCCCUAUCUUUCGGGUACAGAAAGCUGCAGAAUUUGCUCCUGUCGGACAAUUUCAAUCGUCAAUACCAACUUUUCGUCCCGGUUGACAGUCCACACCGAACGCACAUUCAAAACCGUAAGUAUAGCAUUCCUGCAGGUUGUAGAGCAUUUAAACAAUCGAAGCUGAGCUUCGAUAUUGAGAAGUUUUGGUCGCCCACGGAGGAGUGGUACGAUGAGCCCUCUUGCGAAGCGCUUACCGAGCUGCCUGUAAACAUAAGAUCAGCGCUGGAAGAAGUUUUGGAUGGAGAAGAAGACGAUUUAAACAAUGACUAUGCAAACUACGCGUUACCACUUGCAGACUGCUUGAAAGAUGACGACACAAGCACGGGCACCCUUGAUUCAAAUUGUAGCACGGGUCGUGGUACUACAUCCAGCAAUGCGGUUGAUAUAGGAGAAUCUUUUAACGAUAGAUUAAAUGGAUACAGGUCUUGUCUUUAG